AUGACUAUUCAGAUUGAACCGGCUCGGUUCCCAGAAGACAAGGAUGUCGUAGUGUCGUUGUUCUCGGGCUACGCGGCCUCACUCGGCAUCGACCUCACCUUCCAACAAUUCCAAGCCGAGCUGGAUUCCCUGCCGGGAAAAUACGCAGAACCCAAAGGCGGCGCGCUUUUGAUCGCACGGGAACACAGAAACCUCUCGGUCGCACCGGGCACAGCUUCUCAGCAGCCUAUCCCAAGUGUUGCCCCGGCCCCGCUGCUGUCCGUGGGAUGUGUGGCUCUCCGGCGCAGCGCUGACAACUGGUGCGAGAUGAAGCGAUUAUAUGUGGUCCGAGAAGCGCGUGGAAUGCGCCUCGGUGAAAUCCUCGUCGAGGCCAUUCUUGUACAUGCAAAAUCUAUGGGUUAUCGUGGUAUCCGCCUGGACACGCUGCCCGAGAUGGCGGCCGCGCAACGGCUCUAUCGCAAGUACGGGUUUGUGGAGAUCAAUCCAUACUACGACACACCGAUCAAAGGAACAAUUUUCAUGGGCUUCGAAUUUUCCCCACAAUGA